GCGGAGGCAUUACGUACAGCGGACUCACGAAAUCUGCACGCACUAAUUAUCAGAGACAAAAUGGGAUAAUCGUGACAAAUUCAUCACCGCCAAAAACAGCAGGAGCUAGCGACCAAACAAGGAGAGUGUUGUCUGCAAUAUACAAUAUUUUUUACAUUUGUAUUAUUCACAGACGCACGCACAAAGGGAUUUUGGGAUAAUGGUGAUAAAAAGAUAUCACAUUGUGAGCGCAGGACGACAGGAAUACAUCGCCAGAGAUGCGACGAAGUCUUGUUUAAAGCUGCCAGGUUAAUUUAAAAAGCUUGCUUUUCUUGUUUGUUUUUUGUUCAUCCCGUGUGCUGUGGAGAACAGAUGCUGUCAUUGUGCUGGGGACCGAGAUUUGUGCUCGUGGUAUUUCGCUAGCGGUCGGAAUGGUGCGUGAGAUGAGAACGCGCGUGCCUUUAUUGUUUCCGCGCGACAUGCUUGAUAACGGUCAAUCUGUCGUUGAAAAACUGAAACACACCGACGACAAUUUUGGCAAAGAAAGAUCGAGACUUUUAACGACAUUUUGUGGAAAAUCAUGAGCGACGCGUUUUGUAUACAUUUUUAUUCAGCGUUAUUUACAUUUUCCCCAUUAUGAACGGGAAUAACCGAAUUUUCGUGCUUUUUUCAUAUUUGGCUCGCUUUAGAUAAAUUCUCGCAUACUUGGAGGCACUUGACGGUGUGUUUUUGACCAAUUUUAUAUUUUUUCACACUAGUGUAUACAAAUACAGUUAAUGCCAACGAUGGUGGAGCCUGUGGGUUUCAUUGAAGCGUGGAAAGCACAGUUUCCAGAGUCGGAGCCCCCCAAGAUGGAGCUGCGGUCUGUUGGGGGCAUAGAGCAAGAACUGGAAAAGUGUAAAGCCUCCAUAAGACGACUAGAAAUGGAGGUAAAUAAAGAGCGUUUCAGGAUGAUAUACCUUCAGACGCUGUUGGCGAAGGAGAGAAAGAGCUAUGACAGGCAAAGAUGGGGCUUCAGAAAGCCGCCUCACAUGAAUGAAGGGGACCAGCAAGCUCUGGGGCCCGACUCCCAGCAUCUCCACGCACAGGAGCAUGGACUGCCUGAGCGCAGCAGGUUUCAGCCUGUAGGAGAGACCCGAGCAAAACCACGACCUCCCCCUGCCAGGAAGUCAGCCUCCCACGGUGAUGGACUGGAGCUACAAUCGGCAUAUGAGGCACACCAGGCAGGACCAGGAAGUGAGGCAGAUGGCCUCUCGCCAUCCACACAGAGGGGUGGGGUCUCCCCUCGUAGAUCCCGUCCACCUCCUGACAAGGAAUUGCCCUCAGAUCCAUCCUCUAAGGAUAAGCCGGGCAUGGGACUUGGGGUGGCGGCCUUACGAUCGAACUUUGAGAGGAUCAAACGGGCUAACUCGCAUUCAGCCAGUGAUGGCAGUCCUGGCAAGGGAGGCCAGGAGAAACCUUUUUACACCAAUGUGGAGUUUCAUCACGACCGGGGCUUGGUAAAGGUCAACGAUCGAGAGGUUUCAGACAAAAUCAGUUCUCUCGGGAACCAAGCCAUGCAGAUGGAACGGAAAAGAUCUCUUCAUUCACUGCCAGGCAACCUCGCUACGGUGGCCGGGGAUCUACGGCCUAGACCUGUCUACAGGGGACGCUCUACAGAAAGCACCUGCGGGUAUGAUGCCGAGUAUGAGGAUGGGGAACCAAUCCCUCGCUAUAGUAGAGAAAAUGCUGCAAGACCUAAUGGGGGUAAACCAGCACCGCCGCCAUGGCAACCAUCUGAAUUCCAGCCAUAUACCAGUGUUUACGUGGGAGGUAUGAUGUCAGAAGGUGGUGACGGUAGGGUCGUUAUGCGGGACCAUGGAGGUAGCGAUGACCACCUCCUCACCUGGCCGAGGAGAUCCUACUCACCUGGAAGUUUUGAGGAUGUUGGGGGUGGGGGAGGAGGAUACACACCAGACUGCAGCUCUAAUGAGAACCUGACGUCCAGUGAGGAAGACUUUUCUUCGGGACAAUCCAGUCAUGUGUCACCCAGCCCCACGACAGCCUACCGUCGACCCCUCAGAGAGAAGAGCCGGUCACCCUCUCAAAACUCCCAGAAUUCUCAGCACUCGUUUGACAGCAGCAGCCCCCCCACACCACAGACUCAGAAACGACACAGGCAACAACAUGUCGUUGUGUCCGAAGCCACAAUUGUAGGCGUAAGGAAAACAGGACAAAUCUGGCCUCACGAUGGAGACUCUGUUGCUUCCAGCAGGGCUUCCCAUAACAACAGUUACCAUGGAGAUUUAGAUGGUCCAUUUACAGGCACUCCUCCAACCUAUGGAUACGAUGCUGACCGAGCGGAGGAGCAGCGGCGACACCAUGACAUCCUGCCCUACAUCGACGACUCCCCCUCCUCCUCCCCUCACCUCAGCUCCAAGAGCCGAAGCAGUCGUGACACCCUUUCCUCUGGCUCGAUCGAGUCCUCAAAGUCUGCGGAGUUGGACCUGGAGAAGGGGUUGGAGAUGAGAAAGAGGGUUUUGUCUGGAAUCCUGGCCAGUGAAGAGACCUACCUCAGCCAUCUGGAAGCGCUGUUACUGCCUAUGAAGCCCCUGAAAGCAGCGGCCACCACCUCCCAGCCUGUCCUCACUGUUCAGCAGAUCGAGACCAUCUUCUUCAAAGUGCCUGAGCUCUAUGAGAUCCACAAAGAAUUCUAUGAUGGCCUUUUACCCAGAGUGCAACAGUGGAGUCACCAUCAACGCGUAGGAGACCUUUUCCAAAAACAAGCAAGCCAACUCGGAGUAUACAGGGCCUUUGUGGACAAUUACGAACUUGCCGUAGAGACUGCUGAGAAAUGCUGUCAGGCGAACACGCAGUUCGCCGAAAUCUCUGAGAGUCUCAAGGUCAGGAGCAGCAAGGAGUGCAAGGACCUGACUGCCAAAUACUCACUGGAAGCUCUUCUCUAUAAACCCGUGGACAGAGUGACCCGGAGUACCCUUGUUUUACAUGAUCUUCUGAAACACACACCCUCCAGUCAUCCAGAUUACCCUCUGCUACAGGACGCCCUCCGCAUCUCGCAGAACUUCCUGUCCAGCAUAAACGAAGAGAGCACACCUCGCCGGCAGUCCAUGACAGUGAAAAAGGGAGAGAAUCGUCAGCUCUUAAAGGACGGUUUCAUGGUGGAACUGGUGGAGGGGACCCGGAAACUACGCCAUGUUUUUCUUUUCACUGACCUCCUGCUCUGUGCCAAACUGAAAAAACAGAUGGGAGGGAAGAGCCAGCAGUACGACUGCAAGUGGUACGUUCCUCUUUCAGAUCUCACCUUUCAGGCAGCGGAGGAGUCAGAGCCCCUAUCUAUCCCACAAGCCCCUGAUGAAGAGCUGGAUGCCAUUAAGAUUAAGAUCUCCUCCCUCAGGAGUGAUAUCCAGAGAGAGAAGAAAGCCAACAAAGGGUCAAAAGUCAUGGAGAGGUUGAAGAAGAAACUGUCAGAACAGGAAUCUUUACUGCUGCUAAACUCUCCUAACAUGCCUCUCCGAGUGCACAACCGCAGUGGAAAGAACUACAUGUUUCUGAUCUCAUCAGACUACGAGCGUGCCGAGUGGAAGGAAGUGAUCCGAGAACAGCAGAAGAAAUGUUUUAAGAGCUUCAACCUGACAUCCAUGGAGCUUCAAAUGCUCACAAACUCCUGUGUCAAACUCCAAACGGUCCACAUCCCCCUCACCAUCAAUAAAGAGGAGGAUGAAUCUACUGGACUGUAUGGAUUCCUGAAUGUAAUUGUCCAUUCUGCCUCUGGACUUAAACAGAGCUUAAAUCUGUAUUGCACAUUAGAGGUGGACUCAUUUGGCAUCUUUGUGAAUAAAGCCAAAACGAGAGUGUACAGAUACACCACAGAACCCAAGUGGAACGAGGAGUUUGAGAUUGAAUUGGAGGGCUCCCAGAUGUUGCGUCUACUGUGUUACGAGAAGUGCUACAACAAAGCUAAGAUGAACAAAGAUGACGGGGAGAAUACAGACAGAAUAAUGGGCAAAGGACAGAUCGCGUUGGAUCCUCAGAUGCUCCAGGGAAAGGACUGGCAAAGGACCGUUAUCCCUAUGAAUGGAGUCGAGGUGAAAAUUUCAAUGAAAUUCACCAGCCGAGAGUUCAGCCUGAAGAGAAUGCCGUCACGAAAGCCAAUGGGGGUGUUUGGAGUGAACAUCUCCUCUGUGACCAAACGUGAGCGCUCCAAAGUGCCAUACAUUGUCAGACAGUGUCUGGAGGAGAUUGAGAGAAGGGGAAUGGAUGAAGUGGGCAUCUACCGUGUCUCAGGAGUGGCCACUGACAUCCAGGCACUCAAGACCGCUUUUGACACAAAUAAUAAGGACGUGUCGGUAAUGAUGAGCGAGAUGGAUGUGAACGCCAUCGCCGGAACGCUCAAGCUAUAUUUCCGGGAGCUUCCCGAGCCACUGUUCACCGAUGAGCUCUAUCCGAACUUUGCAGGAGGCAUUGCUCUCUCCGACAGCGUAGCUAAAGAGAGCUGCAUGCUGAACCUCCUACUUUCUCUACCAGAACCAAACCUUGUCACUUUCCUCUUCCUACUGGAUCAUCUCAAGAGGGUUGCAGAAAAAGAAAGUGUAAACAAGAUGUCUCUUCACAAUCUGGCAACCGUGUUCGGCCCCACCCUACUUCGACCCUCAGAGAAAGACAGCAAGAUCCCCACCAACCCCACGCAACCUAUCACGAUGGGGGACAGCUGGUCUUUGGAGGUCAUGUCACAGGUGCAAGUUUUGCUGUAUUUCCUCCAGCUAGAGACCAUCCCUACACCAGACAGUAAGAGACAGAGCAUCCUGUUUUCCACAGAGGUGUAAAGAUACAUCCCCAUUUUAAGUCUCACACUUGUGGGAAAGAAAAGAAGGAUGCCCAUAAAUUGGGUAUAAUGCACACUGGAAUGCACAACAGCGACCGCUUCUGGGUACACGCGGGAGCACGUCGUCUUUCGCUCAUUUUCAGCUGUCGACACUAGAGGGCGCCACUGCCCUUUUAAAUGACGAGGAACUUGAAAUACUCUGAGCACAUCUUGAAUAUUACCGAACCCUAAAUGUACCUUAAAGCAGCUUGUUCUUCUUUUUUGUCAGCAUCAGUGUCAGUUCAGCACCUUUACUCUUCAUCGUGAUCAGACUGUGAUUGAUUAUGAAUCCCUGAGCAUGCAUGUGUGUCCUGUCAUAUCAGCCGGUGACGGUGAAUACUCUCAGAUCUGUUCCACUGUCUCCUCUGGGUUUUGUUGUGUCAUGUCAUCAGUCCCCAUUGGUCACUUAUCAGACACAUUUGCUUUUUCUGUGCUGCUACGAUUCAGUAUUCAGCUCCAAACUGUUUUACAGUUCGUGUCAUGCUACAGGAUAUAAUAAUAGAUAAUUACAACAAUGUUUGUUCAGAGAUGAAUGGAUGUUUGUCAAUCAUUUAAAGGACUUGAUUUAAUAGGAUUUGUGUGUAGAAGAUGGUGUUUGGUUCAGUUAUUGUCAGUGUUGAUGUGAUACUAAUUUAAAUAAGGUAACAUUGAGAAACAAUCCAGUAAUAAUUGAGUUAAAUCUCAUUUUUUUCAUUAUUUUUUUUUUACCUUUUUGCUCAUACCUCUCUAUCAAGCAAUAGACAUGUAAAACAUUUUUUUUUUUUUGGAAAAUUAGAUUUUGUGUUUAUAUUAUUUUUUAUGUAAUACAUUUAAAAUAAUUAUGGUUAUUUAUUUGGGGGCCGAUAUCAACAUCAGUGUCUGCAAUACGUCUGCAUUUAACAAUAAUUGAACUCGAUCACUGUUAUGAAGUACUGUAGAUUAUACAUAUCCAAUUUAGUUGUUUCAUCCAAAUCAGCACAGCUAAAUGUGUGAAAAUGUCAUUAAUAAUUCAUUGGUGCUAAAUAUAGCACACAAACAUUACUGUUUUUCCUGCCGUAUAUCUAGCAUUAAGAGACGACCAAAUGGAGAGGUGUCGACUUGAAAAAUCUUUCCUCUCCUUCAUGUAACACACGUCAUUAAGAAAUGAAACGCCGAUGUAUAUAGCACAAACCAAGCAGGCGGCACUAAUGUUUCUGUAACACUUGAGUCCUGUCAGAUAUUUGGGAAGGAUGAAGGAUGGGUUAUUUUUAGUAACCAGGCAGUACUACAAUUUCCUGUUUGCAACAAUACCAGCCCCUACUUAACUUAUUAACACUUGUUAAAGUUAAUGCUCUUAAGUUGUUACUAUUUUAUAGUUAAAGAGGUGCUUUACUUUUUGUUUUGUUUUAACAUGCAGGCAUGUUCUUUUUUUUAAUCAUUUUGAUGUUUAUUUUUGUUUUAUAAGUAUUGUUUGUGCGUUUAAUGCAAUGGUAACAUGGAACCAAAUUUAAUCUAAAAUUUGUGCUGAAAAUUGUCAGAAUAUAUCCCCCAGGUGUCACUGCGGCUGUACCCUUUCAAAAAAUACAGCUCGUAUUAGUAUCUUAAAUAUAUACAUAUUAGUACCAAUGUAUACAUAUUUGUACCUAAUGAUGGUACAUAUUAAAAGGUUACUGGCCAAGUGAUAGCUUGGGUACAUAUUUUUAACAGUGUAAGGUGCGUUCCCAUUAUUGCCAUAAUGACUGUUUUGUCUGGCUGAGUUUGUCUUAAACCUUUAUUGUCUGCACUAAUGUAAAUGUCCUGUAUUUUGUACCCAUCUCAACAUUAAUGUAAGAUGUUAAUUUUCAUUUUAUAGCAUCUCAGAGUUUAUUUCAAACAUGUGAUUUGCUGUUUAAAGUGACACUCCACUUUUUUGAACAUAUGCAAAUUUUUCAGCUCCCCUAGAGUUAAACAUUUGAUUCUUACCGUUUUGGAAUCCAUUCAGCCGAUCUCCGGUUCUGGCGCUAGCACUUUUAUCAUAGCUUAGCACAAUCCAUGGAAACUGAUUAGACCAUUAGCAUCACGCUAAAAAAUAACCAAAGAGUUUCAAUAUUUUUCCUAUUUAAAACUUGACUCUUCUGUAGUUACAUUGUGUACUAAGACCAACAGAAAAUUAAAAGUUGGGAUUUUCUAGGCAGAUAUGGCUAGGAACUAUACUCUCAUCCUGGCGUAAUAAUCAAGGACUUUGCUUCCGUAACAUGGCUGCAGUAGGCGUAGUGAUAUUAAGCACUACCCGAUAAAAGUCCCAUGCCAUUGAAAGUAACCAAGGGACUCUUUGGUUAUUUUUAAGCGCGAUGCUAAUGGUCUAAUCA